AUAGUAGAAAGUUUUAAAAACUUAAUUUAUAUGGCGGUCUAAAAUCACAUCAAACGCGCGAUUUUGAAAUAUGCAUAUACUAUAGCGUGGUUCACCUGACAUUUUUAUAUCCACUAAUAUCAUUCACGUAACUUAAUGGUAGAUUUGUCAUUAGCAAAACACAGAAAACUCACGCGCGAAGAGAGACCACAGAAAAUAACCAUUGUCAUCUUCACCAUUGACAAUUCCUUCUUCUUCUUCUGAUACACGAAACUCACGCAGAAACCCAUCACUUCAAACUUCAAUCCAUCGAAGACGAUGUCGUUUGGUUCGUCUCUGUUGUCUCCUCCGCAUGCUUUCUGGUUAUCAUUCUCAAAAUCAACCACCUCUCGCUUCAAAGCCGCUGCUUCAAACGUUCCCGAUUUUCUCUCUGCAGACUGGUUUGAAUCUCGCAAGAAAAGACCGUUCGGUCCUAGAUUAGAUUUUAGUGCAGAAGAUGCUGUUCAUUACCAGCUUGAAGCCUUGAAGUAUAAUGAUCAGCCUCGUCAAGAUUAUGGAAUUGAGGUUAUGUACAGGUUUGCUGGAUUUGAUCCAUUUGAAAGAUCAACCUAUUUUGGGCCAUUCUUUGAUCUGGGUCAGUUUGAAAGGUUCAGGCGUAUUUUUCACCAUUCUACUUACCGAGUCUUACUGGGUCACAAGGAAAGAAAGAUUAUGAGCAGUUUGUUUGUAGAGGAGAACAAAUAUAUGCAGCGGGUUUGGAUUCGUGGAAGUCGACCAGAGGAAGAGGAAAUAUUUCAACUUACAAUGACUCAGAGGGUUGGUGGUUGCUGGGAUGGUUAUUGGUUGACAGAGUCUUUGCUUCAUGAUAGAGAUACAUUUGCUGGUGGUUUGGCAUAUUAGAGAAAAUCCAAUGCAGUAAUCAGUUUCAUCUUUCAUGAGGUUCCAUUAUCAAAGCAUGAAAUGAUCUGCUAUUACAAACCUAAUCUGUAAAAUUUGUACAUAUGUAAAAAGUUCAGGUGUUAUUAUAUGUUAAAUAGGAAUGUGAUUAGUCUUCACUAAUCAAAUACGAACACUCUUGCACAGUUUACUGAAAAUGUUGCAGGACCUGGCAUACUUUUAGUGCUAUACUCAAAUGUUUAAAAGAGAUUUCUAUCAA